AUGGACACCAGCAUUCAAGAAAUAAUAUGCAAAUCCGUCGACCUCGACGGUUUCGGCUCCGCCGCGGACGACGCGUGGUUCGACUACCACACUGCACCCAUGGACGGGGAGGAAGAGACGGGGGCACAUCCCCAUCAAGCUGCGGCUCUCCAGACGUACCUGAAAGGUGACUCCACCCCAUCCGAGACAGCUGCUGCCAUGGUCAAGCCGCAUGGUUCCGAGAAGAAGACCGACCUGCGAGGUCGCGUACUGGGCAUCAUUGAAGACGCGCUUUUCGAGCUGCCCCAAAGCCACACGCCCGCCCUCGUCAACCUGCUCAAGGAAAUCAGUCAGCUGCCGGACGAAGAGGACGGCGAACCGAUCUGGAGCAACAGUCUGAAGAGCUUCGGCGACUCAUGGUCAGAUGCGUGGAAGCAGAGCCACUGGCGUGAGGCGUUGGUGACGCGGGAUCCAGCCACCAGAGCGAAGAGGCGCGAGGCCCACGUGCACCGGGCUUUCGUGGAGGCAUCUUGUGCCAUGGCUGCUCCGGGACCAAAUGCUAAAGAUGGUCUCUUGCCACUGAGCUGGGGCUAUGAGUGCAUCUCCGAGGGACUGGAAUGUCAGGGCGCAGUGUGGGACUUUGAGGUACCUGCUGCGUCGGUGUGGAUCAAGAUAGCCGGGCAAAGGCUCCGAGAGGGCGCGAAGAGAGGUGAGAAGUGCUGGGCGUUGGAGAGAGAGGGAAGACUUUGGGCGGCAGGCCCGAUGAGCAUGGGUCGGUGGAAUUUCUGGUUGAAAAGACUACAAGAGAUGGAAAGAUGGGAACAGGCUUUAUAA